AUGAAUAUAUACACCUUCACACUCACUCACACAUUACAACUCCCAAAUAUCCUCGUUAACCAUAAUCCCUUCACUCUGGAUAACGGUAGCACUAGUACUAACUCUGCCUCCACCGGCGGCACCGCCAUGCCUUCAUCGUCAGCUCCUUCCUCACCCAAAGAAGUUAUCGUCAAAAUCGACGGCAAGGAUUCCUCCAAGGAACCAACUAAAACCAGCGAAAAUACUAGUACUACUACUAAUGCCGGUAGAAUGUUGAGGGACUCGAGUUACGAUUUAUCAAACGACGCCGUUAUGAGUGCUGCCGCGAACACCAAGGAUUUCGGUUUUGUGACUGAGCCUCCCUUAUCUCGUAUAGCAGAGAGUGUGAAUACCAACUACGGCCAGAGGAUUCCGAGGGAGGUCCGCGUCCCGUUUAACGACAACACGGCGGAGACGGCAGCGGUUCGGGGCUCAAAGCGCAGCUCCAACGCCGAACUGGAGGAGGUUCUGGUCUGCAGCUCCAACUCAUCUUUCCGGAGAAAUUCCAGUUUGCUUAGAACCAAAACCAAGUCCCGAUUAUUCGACCCGCCGGAGAACAAUAAAAAAUCCUAUAAUCAGAGAACCGCAAAAUCUCUGUUUUUAGGUAAAGGAAGUGAAAUCGAUGAAGACGACCCUUUUCGAGAUGAAGAUUUGCCGGAGGAUUACAAGAAAAUGAAGUUCAGUGCACUUUCGAUUCUUCAACUAUUGAGCUUGGUUCUGAUUAUUGCAGCUUUAGUUUGUAUUUUAACUAUUGAUAUGUUGAAGAAUAAGGAAAUUUUCAAUUUGCAAUUAUGGAAAUGGGAAUUGAUGAUUUUGGUUUUGAUUUUUGGAAGAUUGGUAUCAGGGUGGGGGAUUAGAAUUCUUGUGUUCUUCUUUGAGAGGAAUUUUUUGCUGCGAAAACGGGUUUUGUAUUUUAUUUAUGGGUUGAGAAAUGCAGUGCAGAACUGUAUAUGGUUGGCUUUGGUUUUGAUUGCUUGGCAAUGGAUUUUCGAUAAGAAGGUUGUGAGACUUAUGCAUGGGAAAGUUUUGCCUUACGUGACUAAGAUUUGGGUGUGUCUAUUGGUUGGGACAUUGAUUUGGUUGGUCAAGACCUUGCUCGUGAAGGUUUUAGCAUCCUCGUUUCAGGUCAGCACAUUUUUUGAACGGAUUCUGGAAUCUUUGUUUCAUCAGUAUGUCAUUGAGACACUGUCUGGUCCACCAUUGAUUGAGAUUCAGCACGAGCAAGCAGAGGAGAAGGUGAUAGCUGAAGUACAGAAACUUCAGCGUGCUGGGGUGGAUAUCAGGGCCAAUCUUAAGGCAAGUGUGUUUCCCAAAACUGGGAAAGUGUUUGGGAAGAGUCCCAUGGCUACAGGUGCAAAGAGUCACGUGUUUUCUGGGAUAACGUCAAAGACGGAAGAUGAGGGAGGUAUAACAAUUGAUCAUUUGCACAGGCUGAACCAGAAGAAUAUUUCAGCUCGGAAUAUGAAGAGGCUGAUUAAUAUUGUUCGGAAAGGUGUAUUAUCCACUCUGAGCGAGCAAAUAGAGGGUUCAACUGAUGAGGAUGAGUCAGCCGUGCAGAUAACUAGUGAAAAACAGGCAAAAGCUGCAGCCAAGAAGAUCUUCUACAAUGUGGUGAAUCCUGGAUCAGAAUUCAUUUACCUUGAGGAUUUGAUGCGCUUUAUGAGAGAGGAUGAGGCUUUGAAGACCACGCGCCUCUUUGAAGGAGCAAAUGAAAACAAGGGGAUAAGCAAACGAGCUCUUAAAAUUUGGGUGGUCAAUGCAUAUAGAGAAAGGCGAGCCCUAGCUUUAUCUUUGAAUGACACAAAAACCGCUGUCAACAAACUGCACCAAAUACUGAAUGCCCUUGUGGGACUAGUCAUAAUUAUCAUCUGGCUCCUUAUACUCAAAGUUGCAACCACGCAUUUUUUUAUCUUCUUAAGCUCUCAGCUUAUUUUGGUUGUGUUCGUGUUUGGGAACACGUGCAAGACAACGUUUGAGGCUAUUAUCUUCUUAUUUGUGAUGCACCCGUUUGAUGUGGGAGAUCGUGUUGAAAUUGAUGAAGUUCAGAUGGUAGUCGAAGAGAUGAACAUAUUGACAACAGUUUUUCUGAGGUUCGAUAACCAAAAGAUUUAUUAUCCAAACAGUGUCUUAUCUACAAAGUUCAUCGGUAAUUACUAUCGCAGUCCAGAUAUGGGUGAUGCAAUUGAUUUUGUUAUCCACAUUUCAACUCCAGGGGAGAAGAUUGCAACGAUGAAGGAGAGAAUAACAAGAUAUGUAGGAAGUAGGAGUGAUCAUUGGUAUCCGGCUCCACUAAUAGUCAUGAGAGACGUAGAGGAUAUGAACACGCUAAAAUGGUCGGUAUGGCUUUCUCACACAAUAAAUCAUCAGGAUAUGGGUGAAAGAUGGACAAGGAGAGCCCUUCUGGUCGAGGAGAUGGUUAAAAUUUUCUGUGAGCUUGAUAUUGAAUGCCGUUUGCUGCCUCAUGAUGUAAAUGUACGUAAGAUGCCACCUUUGACUUCGACCAGGCUUCCUUCUACUUGGACCAUAUGUGCUCCUUGA